AUGGGUCUAUCCAGGAAUCUCAUUUAUGUAGCCCUCUCCGCAGGGCUGGCAUUAGCUCAAUGCCCGGAUUACUCGGAGUAUGCCAUGGAGAAACACCCUCCAUAUAGUGACGGCAUAUACAAGCUUGCUUAUAUGCGUCCAGACCCAGCCUGCCGUACCUUCAAUUCAUCGGAUGUGGAGAAUCUGAUCGCUGACAUGGAGGACACAAUCGCAGAUCCAGAUCUGUAUCGAAUUUUCCAGAACUCAUAUCCUAAUACAUUGGACACAGCAAUCAAAUGGAAAGGAUAUGCGGCUAAUAAUUCGGACGAAGAGCUCACCUUUGUUAUCACGGGCGACAUCAAUGCUAUGUGGCUCAGAGACUCUGCCAACCAAAUGCAGUCUUACCUUCCCGUCCUAAAGGCAAAUGACUCAGCAGACAGCAUUGCUUCUUUGUAUCGUGGAGUUAUCAACCUACAAGCCCGUUACUUGUUAACGUCACCGUACUGCAAUUCCUUCCAAGCCCCUGUGGAAGCGAACAUUCCGCCUGCGGAUAACAGCUAUGCUGCGACCGAUCAAGUUACGCCUACCUACAGCAACCUCAGCGUUUUCGAAUGCAAGUAUGAGCUCGAUAGCUUAGCAGCUUUCCUUGAAGUCUCAACAAACUACUACUCGGCAACAAAUGACCUUGAAUUUUUCGGCAAGUUCCAAUGGGUAGCUGGAAUACAGGCCGUUAUGGCUACUGCCAAAGCCAUGAUGACACCAACAUACGGGGCAGAUGGGCAGGUUCUCACUUCGCCGUAUACCUUCAUGCGUGACACCACAACCGCUUCUGAGACCCUGUUGAAUCUUGGCAACGGUAGCCCUGUGGCAAACGGAACGGGACUCAUUCGCUCCGCUUUCCGGCCUAGUGACGAUAGUACGAUCUUCCAACUCUUCAUCCCGGCCAAUAUGAUGUUUUCUCGAUAUCUGGCAUCUACAGCAGAGAUCAUGGAGAAACUAGGUGACAAGGCGCCAACAGGCUUGGCUUCUCAGAUGAAGUGUCUUGCUAGUUCAGUCGACAAUGCUAUCAAGGCAAAUGCAAUUAUCACCGACUUCAACACCAAGACACAAGUGUACGCCUAUGAGGUGGAUGGUUAUGGGUCAGCGCUAGUCAUGGACGAUGCUAAUAUCCCAUCACUGCUGUCUGCGCCGUUCUUGGGCUACCUGGAUUCUGACGAUCCCAUUUAUCAGAACACCCGCGCAGUUCUCCUCGAUGAAACAGGCACAAAUGGCAAUCCAUAUUUCAUGCGUGGACCAGUCAUCAACGGAAUUGGCGGCCCUCACACCCGCCCAGGGAAAGCGUGGCCGAUGUCCAGCAUUGUACGAAUUCUCACGAGUGAUGACGAUGCAGAGAUCAAGUCGGUAUUGAAAGAGGUAGUGAGCAGCACUGACGGGUUUGGCUUGAUGCAUGAAAGUGUCAACACGUUUAAUCAAAGCGAUUGGACCAGGCAAUGCUUCCGGAUCGGGAACGCCGUUGGCGCCACCAGAGCGGCUUGGACCGAACGAGCAACGAGCGGUAUGAUGAAGCAUGAAGAUCCACUUACGCCGCAGCCCGUCACCCUGACCGACCCCGUAGCCCGAAAUCUUUUCCCCGAACGCCUUCGACCGGCACAUGUCUCUGAUGAUGAUGUCCAGGUUGUAUGGCGAACGGCGCGAAAGGGAGCUUCUAUGAAAAGGCCAUCCGCCGUCAUGCUAGUUGUCGAGGACGAUCAACUCAACCACGAAAUUGUCGGGUUUGCCCUAUGGGAUAGGCCACAUUCCGAGGAUAGUAAAAUAGCGUAUGGGCCAGAAGAGUUCCCCGACACUUUAGAUAAGGACGCGUUUACUCUCACGCGUGCCAUUGUCGAGGAGGACCAGAAAGUGACCUUUGGCGAGCGAGGCGCGAAGGAUGUCUGGCGUAAGUAUUAA